AUGCAACUUUCCGCUUUGGUGGCCAUUGCCACUGCUUUAAUUGCUGGCGCUGACGCUAAGAAAUUCUCCACCAAGUUGAACAAGGUGCCAAUUGAGGAGACUUUGGAUGCCCGCUCUUUCUCCGGCUAUACCAAAUCUUUGGCCAACAAGUACAUUGGUGCCUUUGGCGCUGCUGGUGUCGGUGCUGGCUCUGGCGUGCAGCAGGUGGCGGAGGUUCCUUUUGUGGCCAACUCGGAGCACGAGGCCCCCUUGACCAACUACCUCAAUGCUCAGUACUUCACUGAGAUCCAGCUCGGCACCCCAGGCCAGACUUUCAAAGUGAUUUUGGACACAGGUUCUUCCAACUUGUGGGUCCCCUCGCGCGACUGUAGUUCUUUGGCUUGCUUCUUGCACACCAAGUAUGACCACGACGAGUCUUCCACUUAUAAGGCCAAUGGCUCUGAGUUUUCCAUCCAGUAUGGUUCCGGUGCUAUGGAGGGCUACAUUUCCCAGGAUGUCUUGGCCAUUGGUGACUUGGUGAUUCCAAAGCAGGAUUUUGCUGAGGCAACCUCCGAGCCGGGCUUGGCAUUUGCCUUUGGCAAGUUCGAUGGUAUUUUGGGCUUGGCGUACGACACAAUCUCGGUCAACAAGAUUGUCCCUCCCGUGUACAACGCCAUCGCGCAAGGGCUCUUGGAUGCGCCACAAUUUGGUUUCUACCUCGGUGACACCAACAAGAACGAGGAGAACGGCGGUGUGGCUACUUUCGGUGGCUAUGACGAGGCCUUGUUCAAAGGUGACCUCACUUGGUUGCCUGUGAGAAGAAAGGCCUACUGGGAGGUGUCCUUUGACGGUAUUGGCUUGGGUGACGAGUACGCCGAGUUGACGGCCACUGGUGCAGCCAUUGACACUGGUACUUCAUUGAUCACGUUGCCAUCGUCUUUGGCAGAGAUUAUCAAUGCCAAGAUUGGUGCCACCAAGUCUUGGUCUGGUCAGUACCAGGUUGACUGCGCUACACGUGACAACUUGCCAGACUUGACCUUGACCUUUGCUGGCUACAACUUCACAUUGUCUCCUUACGACUACACGUUGGAGGUUUCCGGCUCGUGCAUUUCUGCCUUCACUCCAAUGGACUUCCCCGAGCCAAUUGGCGACUUGGCCAUUGUGGGUGAUGCUUUCUUGAGAAGAUACUACUCUGUGUACGACUUGAAGAAGGACGCCGUUGGCUUGGCCCCAGCCAAGUAG